AUGCGCGUCUUGAAGACCCUUGUCACUUUCUGCUCGCUGUUUCUGGUGGCCUCCGCUGCGCCCGCAACCCAGAAAGACAGCGUUAUGAGCAGCAUCGCUACUUUCUCGGAGGCUGUACAGGCAAACAAGGAUGCCAUCAACCGCUAUCACGGUGGCUCUUUAGCCGCGAUUCCUGUUGGUCAGAAAUGCUAUGAUUGCUGGUAUGCCCUGAGAGAGGCGCAUUCUAAGCUCACCGACGCCAAGUUCACACCAAGCGAGUCCGAAGAGGUCGUCAAGCAGUUCACCUCCCUGAAUCAAGAUUCCAUCGACUUGCUGAAUUUGUAUCGUGACAAGGCACCGGUACUAAACCAGGCGAGUGUCAGCUUCAUAGUACCAAUCAUGAUGCAAGCUUUGUUCCGAGAGGCAGACGACUACUCCGCAGCACUCCAAGCUCUAAUGCCCGAGAAGGAUAUCGCGCCCAUGAAGCAGAUAACUGUCGAUCAUAAGGCUGCGUGGGAUGAGGCAUUUGCGGCCUACGACCCUACCCGCAAUACAGCGCCAGUGCAGCAGUGGAAGUCCCUGAUGUCGGUUUUCUCGCCGGCUUUGACGUAUCUUAUCUGA